AUGGAAGAGCUAUUUGCCGUAUUUGGCUUGCUUUCGAGUGACGUAGCGGAUGACGAAAAAGAAUCCCACUCGUCUUUGUCUUGCAAGCGCCAAAAAUUUUUACCAUUGGGCUUUUGCGCCAAUCCUGGAAAAAGUGUGAUCGCCACUUUGGCCAAGGAGUAUUCGUUGCUUAAAGGGUUAGAGACUCGAGGCAAAUGGUUGCUGACUCAUGGUGACAGCGUCGAUAAGGUUGCAGAAGGGUUGCGUUGCGCCGCAAAAUCUUCAAGUCAUAUUAAUUCUGCCAUUGCUGCUACUGAACGCCGUUUUAACGGAGUUCAGUUCCAUCCUGAAGCUGAUUUAACGGAAAACGGCAUGUUGGAUUCCUUUCCAUUGAGACAAAAAAUGUUGCAUAACUUCUUGUUCGACAACUGUGGAUUGCAAGGAGGUUUCGCAUUGGAGAAACGCGAGCAGCAGUGUAUCGAUUACGUCCGGCGUACGGUCUUACGUAAUAAAAUCGUGCUCAUGCUGGUAAUCGGUGGAGUCGAUUCCGCCGUUUGUGCUGCCCUUCUCCGUAAAGCUCUUCUACAUGGUGACGACUCGUCGCUAGUGCACAACAUCCAUAUUGAUAACGGUUUCCUGCGUAAAGACGAAUCCGAGCAGGUCGUCACUACUUUACAGCAACUCGUGCUCAAUCACGGGUAA